AUGGCUAAUGUAACGGAAGAAAGAACACCCUUGUUAAGCAUUAUUGAUAUUUAUCUCUCAGUUGGUGAACUAAAUUCACGAAACGAUGAUAUUCCUCUUCAAUCACAAAUACCAGUUUCACAUUGUCAUGUCCCCGAUAAACAAUUUGAUUAUUCGGCACGAAAUCGUCUUGUUAUUGUUCUUAUUCUUUGUCUUAUUUUCAUGAUAAUUGAGAUUGUCGGUGGUAUAUUGUCGAAUUCAACCGCUGUAAUAACCGAUGCAGCACAUAUGUGCAUUGAUGCAGGCAGUUUUCUUAUAUCAUUAGCAGCGUUAUAUUUAGGUCGAAAAAAGCCGACAAAAGCACUUUCAUUUGGUUAUAUUCGAGCAGAAGUUCUUGGUGCGCUCGCGAGCGUUUUAACCAUAUGGGUAGCUACUGGUAUUCUUGUUUAUAUGGCGAUAAAACGUUGUAUCGAUCAAACAUUUACAGUGCAACCAACUGAAAUGCUUGUUGUUGCUUCAUGCGGUGUUAUCUUCAAUAUAGUAAUGUUUCUUAUAUUACAUCUUGACAUGUGCGGUCGUUUAAUUCCUCAUCAUGGACAUUCUCAUGCCGAUAAACAUAAUCAUUCACAUGAAGAUGAAUCUUCAAUAGAUAAUCAUUUACAUAGUCGUAAUCGCGAACAACAACCGUCUCAAUUAGUGAAAUCAUCGAAUAACAUUAAUAUACGAGCAGCUAUUAUUCAUACUAUUGGCGAUUUUGUUCAAAGUAUCGGAGUUCUAGUGGCUGCUAUACUAAUCAAAAUAGACUCUCAAUAUAAAUUAGCUGAUCCAAUAUGUACUUUUGUUUUCUCAAUAUUAGUUCUUAUUACUACAUUUACUAUCAUGCGUGAUAUUAUUUUUGUUCUGAUGGAAGGUGUUCCAUCUAAUGUUAAUUAUAAAGACAUUAUUGAUGAUCUUCAUAAAUUACCCGGUGUUCAAAAUGCACAUAGUUUACAUAUUUGGUCACUGUCUAUGCAGAAAGCCGCCUUAUCAGUUCAUGUUGCAAUAAAUCGUGAUCAUGAUUAUUUGCAAGUUUUACAUGAUGCGCAGCAAAUCCUUCGUGUUAAACAUUCGAUAACACAAGCAACAAUUCAAAUUGAACCCUACGAUGAAGAGAUAAUGACAUCAUGUGAAAACUGUAAUCCACGAGUUACUUGA